CCCAUCGAAAACAAAACGCGUUUUAGGCUGCCAUGUUUGUUCAACGCUGCGGACUGUUGUAAAAGGAAUUGGCGUAUUUCUUGUCAAAAUCCAAAGGAUUACAACACAUUUCACUGUAAAGAAGUUAGUGUAAGUAAAAGUAAAUAUGUCCGACUUCAUAGACAGUGAGGCUGAAGAGUCGGAGGAAGAGUUUGAGGAGAAAGACUUAAAACCUCGAAAGACUCAGAAAUUCACAGAGGAUGAUGAGGAGGAGGAAGAAGAGAAUGCAGAGGAUCAGGAUGAGCGUGGAAACUUGCGCGGGCUCAUCAACGACGACGACGACGAUGAUGAUGAAGAAGAAGAACCAAGAGGUAGUGUUGCAGGCAGUGGCAGCGGCAGCGAUUCAGGUGAAGAAGUCCGUCGCCGUAAGAAACGUACUUAUGAUGAUUACUUGGACGAAGAUGACCUCGAUCUUAUCGAAGAGAACUUGGGUGUCAAAGUUAAGAGAAGAAAAAAGAGGUUUGAACGUCUUAGAAACAUGGACGAUGACGAAGAGGAUGAUGAGAAGGAUUUGAUUGCUGAUGAAAUCUUCACUGGUGAUGGAGACGGUGAUGGGGAGGUUGAAGACGGAGAGACAGUGGAUGUGCAGUUGGCUCAUGCAGGUGAGGAAGAGGAGGAGGAAGAUGAGGAAUCAGACAUUGAUGACUUUAUAGUGGAUGAUGACGGCCAGCCACUGAGAAAGAAAAAAGGCAAGAAAUUCUCGGGCUAUACAGAUGCGGCCCUACAGGAAGCCCAGGAGAUCUUUGGUGGCGAUUUUGACUACUCUGACUUUGAUGCUGAGCCUUUUGACCAGGGUGAAGAGGAGGAGGAUGAUCAGGAGGAUGAGGCCUGGGACAGGCCUAAAAAGCAGGUAAAGAGGAAAACGGGUCGCCGCAGCAUCUUUGAUGUCUAUGAGCCCAGUGAGUUGGAGAGCAGUCACAUGACAGACCAGGACAAUGAGAUCCGAAGCACAGACAUGCCAGAGAGAUUCCAGCUGCGUACCAUUCCUGUGAAGCCCGCUGAGGAUGAUGAGCUAGAGGAGGAGGCAGAGUGGAUCUUCAGAAAUGCCUUCUCCAACUCCACCAUCUCAAUGCAAGACAGCACAGACUACCUGAACCCUGGCUCAAACCCCACUUUCAGUUACAAACAGCCCCAGACUGUCAGCAAGAUUAAAGAGGCCCUGAACUUCAUGAGGAACCAGCACUUUGAGGUACCCUUCAUUGCAUUCUACAGAAAAGAGUAUGUGGAGCCGGAGCUAAACAUUAACGCAUUGUGGAAAGUCUGGCAGUGGGAUGCAAAGUGGACUCACCUGAGAACGCGUAAAGAGAAUCUAACCCGGCUCUUCAAUAAAAUGCAGUCAUAUCAGUUUGAGCAAAUUUCUGCCGAUCCUGAUAAGCCACUGGCAGAUGCUGUCCGCCCACUGGACACUGCAGACCUGACAAGACUUAAAGACGUCCAAUCCUUUGACGAACUCAGAGAUGUUUACCAACACUUCCAACUGUAUUAUGGGCAGGACAUCCCUAGGAUGCAGAAUGCAGCCAAAACUGUUAAGAAAAAAAUAACAAAGAUUAAGAAAAUCAUUACUGAUGAGGACGGUGAGGAAGAGGAGGAGGAGGAGGAGAUAGAGGAGGAGGAAGAACACAAGGGCCCAGUGUUAAAGAUGGCCUCCCGCAGAGACAUGUACAGCAUUUGUCAAAGAGUUGGUCUCGACGGACUCGCCAAGAAAUUCGGUCUGACACCUGAGCAGUUCGGUGAGAACUUGCGUGACAGCUACCAGCGGCACGAGACAGAGCAGUUCCCCGCUGAGCCCCUGGAGUUGGCCAAAGACUACGUCUGCGGCCAGUUCAGCACACCAGAGGCAGUGCUGGAAGCCGCACGCUACAUGGUAGCCCUCCAGAUCGCCCGCGAGCCUCUAGUCAGGCAUGUGAUCAGGCAGACCUUCCAGGAGAGGGCAAAGAUCAACAUCAAACCCAGCAAAAAGGGCAAAAAGGACAUAGAUGAGGCACACUAUGCCUACGCUUUCAAAUACCUAAAAAACAAGCCUGUGAAAGAGUUAACUGGAGAACAGUUUCUGAAAAUGUGCCAGGCUGAGGAAGAAGGCCUGCUCACCAUGGACAUCAACAUUGACUUAAUGGGCGUCAGUGGCUACGGCGGCGACCCGACCUACUUUGACGAGAUCAAGCAGUUCUACUACAGAGACGAGUUCAGCCACCAGGUGCAGGAGUGGAACAAGCAGCGUGCCAUGGCCAUCGAACAGGCCCUGAAGCAGUUCCUGUACCCGCAGAUGACCAAAGAGCUGAAGUUCAAGCUCAUCACAGAGGCCAAGGACCACAUCGUCCGGUCGUGCUGCAAGAAGCUGUGCAACUGGCUGAAAGUGGCGCCCUAUCGUCCCGAGCAGCAGAUGGAGGAGGACGACGACCUGAUGGACGAGACGCAGGGCAAGGGCAUCCGGGUGUUGGGGGUGGCCUACGCCGGCGGCAGGGACAACCCGGUGUUCUGCUGUCUCAUCAACGGAGAGGGAGAGGUGAUCGACUUCCUGCGCCUGCCCAACUUCCUGAAGAGGAGGAACGCCUGGAACGAGGACGAGAGGGAGAAGAAGCUGAACGACAUCGAGACUCUGAAAAAGUUCCUCCUCAGCAAGAAGCCGCACGUCGUGGCCGUCGCCGCGGAGAACCGCGACUCGCAGAUGGUGUUGGAGGACAUCAAGCGCACGCUGCAGGAACUUGAACAGGACUCCUCUCUGCCUGCGGUCGGGGUGGAGCUCGUGAACAACGACCUGGCAACGCUUUACAUGAACAGCAAGAAAUCCGAGGCGGACUUCCGUGACUACCCCCCGCUUUUGCGACAGGCGGUGUCCGUGGCCAGGCAGAUUCAGGACCCCCUGGUGGAGUUCGCCCAGGUGUGCAGCAGCGACGAGGACAUCCUCUGCCUCAAGCUGCACCCCCUUCAGGAGCAGGUGGACAAGGACGAGCUCCUGACAGCUCUGUACCGCGAGUUCAUCAACCGGGUGAACGAAGUGGGCGUGGACGUGAACCGCGCCAUCGCUCACCCGUACACGCAGAGCCUGGUGCAGUACAUCUGCGGCCUGGGCACAAGGAAGGGCUCCCACCUUCUCAAGAUCCUGAAGCAGAACAACACGCGACUGGAGAACCGCACCCAGCUGGUCACCAUGUGCCACAUGGGUCCCAAGGUCUUCAUCAACUGCGCCGGCUUCAUCAAGAUCGACACGGCCUCGCUGGGCGACAGCACUGACUCCUACAUCGAGGUGCUGGACGGCUCGCGCGUCCACCCUGAGACCUACGAGUGGGCGCGCAAGAUGGCCGUGGACGCCCUGGAGUACGACGAGUCGGCGGAGGACGCCAACCCAGCGGGCGCACUGGAGGAGAUCCUGGACAAUCCAGAGCGGCUCAAAGACCUCGAUCUGGACGCCUUCGCCGAAGAGUUGGAGCGCCAGGGCUACGGCAACAAGGGCAUCACCCUUUACGACAUCCGCGCCGAGCUCAGCUGCAGGUACAAGGACCUGCGGGCGCAGUACCGGUCGCCCAACUCCGAGCAGGUGUUCAACAUGCUGACCAAAGAGACGCCGGAGAGCUUCUACAUCGGCAAGCUCAUCACCUGUGUGGUGACUGGUAUCGCUCACCGACGCCCGCAGGGCGAGAGCUACGACCAGGCCAUCCGCAACGACGAGACGGGCCUGUGGCAGUGCCCAUUCUGUCGCCAGGACAACUUCCCUGAACUCAGCGAGGUGUGGAACCACUUCGACAGCGGCUCCUGCCCCGGCCAGGCCAUCGGCGUGCGCUCGCGCAUGGACAACGGCGUCAUGGGCUUCAUCCCGACAAAAUUCCUCAGCGACAAGGUCGUAAAGCACCCCGAGGAGCGGGUCAAGGUCGGGAUGACCGUGCACUGCCGCAUCAUGAAAAUCGACAUCGAGAAGUUUAGCGUGGACCUCACCUGCCGCACGUCCGACCUGAUGGACAAGAACAACGAGUGGAAGCUGCACAAGGACGUCUACUACGACUUCGACGCCGAGACCGAAGAGGCGAAGCGAGACGAGGAGCUCAAGAAGAAGAACCAAAGGACCACCUACAUCCGGCGCGUCAUCGCUCACCCGUCCUUCCACAACAUCAACUUCAAGCAGGCCGAGAAAAUGAUGGAGUCCAUGGACCAGGGCGACAUGGUGUUCCGGCCGAGCAGCAAGGGCGAGAGCCACCUCACGCUCACCUGGAAGAUCAGCGACGGCAUCUUCCAGCACGUGGACGUGCGCGAGGAGGGCAAAGAGAACGCCUUCAGCCUGGGCCACAAGCUGUGGAUCAACAACGAGGAGUACGAGGACUUGGACGAGAUCACGGCCAGGUUCGUCCAGCCCAUGGCGGCGUUCGCCCGCGAGCUGCUCUACCACAAGUACUUUCAGGAGUGCGAGGGCGGCAACAGGAAGAAGAUGGAGGAAAUCCUGGUCAAGUCGAAGCGAGAGAAGCCGACGUUCAUCCCUUACUACAUCUCCGCUUGCAAAGAGCUGCCGGGCAAGUUCCUCCUCGGCUACCAGCCACGGGGCAAGCCGCGGAUCGAAUACGUCUCCAUCACCCCCGACGGCUUCCGCUACCGCUCGCGCGUCUUCCCCACCGUCAACGGCCUCUUCCGCUGGUUCAAGGACCACUACCACGAACCCGUGCCCGGCGUCACCCCGAGCAGCGGCAGCCGGACGCAGACGCCAGCCUCGGUCAACGCCACACCGGCCAACAUCAACAUCGCCGAUCUGACGCGGGCGGUAAGCGCCCUGCCGCCCAACAUGACCUCGCAGAUGUUCAACGCCAUCGCAGCGGUCAAGGCCCAGGGCCAGAACCCCAACACGACCCCGGCCCAGUGGGGCUCCAGCCAGUACGCCUACAGCGGCGGCGGAGGCAGCACGGGUGGCGGCGGCGGCAGCAGCAGCGCCUACCACGUCUUCGCCACGCCGCAGCAGCCCAUGGCCACGCCCAACUACCCGAUGACGUCGCCCAGCUACAUGGCGGGCUUCAUCACGCCCGAGAUCCAGGCGGUGCCCACGCCGCGCUACCCGGGCGCCACGCCGCAGUCGUCCUACGGCGACCACGCCUCGUCCAAGUCGUCCUCGUCGUCCCACAGCCGCUCGUCGCACCACCACCACCACCAUCAGCAGCCGCCGCCGCAGCAACAGUCGUCGUCGUCGCAGCAACAGCAGGCGCAGCAGGCGCCACCGCAGCCCAAGCAGAGCAACACGGCGGUGGACUGGGCCAAGAUGGCCGAGCAGUGGCGGCAGGAGAAGGAGGCCGAGCAGCGCAAGCAGAAGACGCCACGCAUGACACCGCGCCCCUCGCCCAGCCCAAUGAUAGAAAGCACGCCCAUGUCCAUCGCCGGCGACGCCACGCCCCUGCUGGAUGAAACAGACCAGUAGAGGUGGAGGGUGAGGGUCACCCCAACACCGACAGCAACACACAACGCCCCCCCGACACCAUCCACACCCCAAAAACUCAUUCCCUCCCUCUUUCCCCCUCUCCCUUUGGUCUGCAGUGGCUUCUCAUCCCUUUAAUGCUCCCAUCCCUCAUCCGUGCUGAAACAAAGGACUAAUUGGGAUUAAAGCAUAACAAUAGUAUUUUUACAAAUGUUUUCAGUCAUAUGUGUGUCAACAUACUACUAAAAGCCUCUGUGUCGGCUUGUCCAGCUUUAUGAAUGAAGCCUAGUUAAGUAUUCAGUUUUUGAUUUUAGUUUGUUUUCUUCUUUUUCUUUCUGUUUGUUUUUGGUGGAAGGACAACGUCCAGACAAACUACCAACACCCGUGACAUGCUGACUUGAAGAGAAAAUACCAGUUACAUUGCUUUUUUUUUUUGUUGUUGUUGUUGUAAGGUUAAAUCUGAGAUAUUUUCAACACUGUGACCGACAGCAUUUUAAUCCAACAGCAGGCAUGCCUAAAGUUGAGUUCAAAAAAGGAAGAAAAGAAAAAAAAAAUAUGGCAAUGAUGUUAAUGUCGUAAUAAUGAUGGCAUCACAAUGCUUUCAGGUAUCCUCUGGCAACAGUGUCUAUUCUGAUAGGUAGCCCUUUUGUGAUGCAGCUGUUUUUCUUUUUGUAUUAUUAUUCUUAAUUCAUUUCAGGACUUAUGGAAUUUUAAAUUCAGUUACUCUUCUGUAACUUAGGAAUUGAAUUUGUCCUACAAUAAAUCAAAUUGAUAUACAGUUA